GAACCAACUGCGCAGUGAAAACUACAUCAGGGGAUUGUUGUGUUUUUCCGUUCUAUUAUAAAAAGAAAUGGUACCCAUCAUGUACAACCGUGAACAAUGGAUAUAAAUUUUGGUGUGCAACCACAAACAAUUACGAUAAAGAUAAGAAGUGGGGAAAUUGUAAACUCACUCAGGGUAAGCGAUAUCAUACAGUAUAUAUCGCAUUUUUACAGGAGUUGAACCGCACUGCUGUGAGCUAGAGAUUCUUGUUUACCUUGCUGGACAACCCUACUUUUUCAUACAACCCAGCCCCCACGGCUGUACACAGGAUUUUUUCACCAGGAGGGCAGUGAGGCUUAUAUGCCGAAAAAAGUCCCAAAUAUCCAAGUAGUAAACUUAGUAAUUAAUAAUGACAUUCUAAAAAUCGAAAAUAUAGUUUUCUCUAGGGGGCAGUUGCUCCCAGGGGCGGCGGAACAGGGGGCUAGGGGGCUAAAGCCCCCCCCCCCCCGAAGUAAAAGUUGGGGGGCUUAGCCCCCCCAGAAAAUUUGAAUUUUUGGAAAAAAUUUUGAUAAUUAGGGAAAAAUUUAGGUUAUUUUUUGAAAAUUUAGGUAUAAGGGGACAAAUUUGCAAAUUUUGGGGGGGAGUUCACCGAAAAAAUUUAGCCCCCCCAGAACGAAAUCUGUUCCGCCGCCGCUGGUUGCUCCCUGCCCCCCCCCCCCACACACACACACACACUGUGCACGGCCCUGCUGGUCCCUUAUCAAUUGUUUGGCAAAAUCCAUUCGAAGUCUCAGUCUCGGGAAGAUAAUUAUAUGGCAUAAUCAGUGAUGAAAGUCAUUGCAUAUGUUAGAUUAUAUAUCUUUUCGGCAACUUGGAAAUUCCUGACGCGUGGGCAGGUGCAUGGUAUAGCGUCGUCCGCGGUCAAUUGUUUUAUGCCUCGAAACACCGAAUUUUAACUAGUAGAGAUGAUAUUCUCGUCUAUCGAAAGAAUGAUUUUGAGCAAUGUCCGAGCAAAAAAGAAACACCCACACCAAACCACCACCCCAUAAAACCUGGUACGUUAUAACAAAAAACUAUAUUUACACGCGUUUGUUUUUUUGUUUUUUUGUAUUUUUGUUAUUUUAAAUAACAGAAUUUUACAUGUCAUUUUUACCGUAAUUAAAAAGUAGAAUUCAUAUAGGUUGUCAAUUCAGAAGUUAUGGGUUUCUAUUUUUGCCUUCUCCUCUUUAAGUUCAUGUUGGUAAGAAGUGUCUGUUCCAAAGUAAAGAUCCACAGAUGCUGCAAAACUUCUUUACAACAUUCAGUUCUAACUUUUACAUGGUAUCUGAAUACUUCGAUCAGAUGACCUUAAGUUAUAAGUAUAAUUGAUCCAAACUGCUUCUCAAACAUUUCUGAUAAAUAUGAUAGUGCACAUCCAUUCAUAGCAAUUUUGUGCAUCAUUAUCAUCUGAAAUUUUCGGUUUUGAGCUAAAGAUGGCCACCUUAACUCAGACAUGAGGCGCAUAACUCAGGAAGGCGCUUAAACGUCGCGCGCUUCUGCAACUUUUGUAAUCAGGGCGCUUAUAUAUAUAAGCGCCCUGUUUGUAAUUGGUCUGCCAGCGUCUUAUCAAUACUGUUCCAUACAAUACUACAGUAAUCAUAGUGUGGUUUUAGGAUUGUGUUGUAAAUGUUAAUGAGAAGGAUUGUGUUGUAAAUGUUAAUCAUAACACGUAUGAAUUCGUUAUUAUUUAAUUUUUAAUGGUUUCAACGUGCUGUUUCCACGUUAGAUUUUCAUCAACUUUUAGCCCUUGGCAGGUAACUUUGUGAGCCUGAGUUAAGUGCUAUCCUAUUAAUUGCUAUACGUUAAUAAACUCCAAUUUUUAGUAUAUAUAUGUAUGUGUGGCUAACCUUUGUCUCGUGCCAAAUGUCAUAAAUCAAGUUUUAAAUAAAUAGAUGGAUGGGUGGAUAGAUAAGUAUUAAGUUUAAAGAUUUUCUUUGAUUUAAUGAUUUAAUGAUUUAAUACUGUUUGACCACUACUAAAUUUAUAUUAUAACAAUGUACGUAGUGCCAGGAUACUCGCCACAGUGUCCUCAAUUACGGCGAGUCCUUAAUAAUUACAUCUAAAUCCAGUGGCGGAAAUUCACUUUUUCCGGGGGGGGGGCAAAGCCAACGAAAUUUCCGACAAAACUUUCAAAUUUCCGACGUACCCCCCCCCCUCCCCUAUUUAAACUCGAAAAGACUGUUUUUAGCCGUCUUUUAGGUCAAAAUUUCCGAAAAUUCGUCAAUUUUCCGUGAAGGUGGGGGGGGGGGGGCGCCCCCUGCCCCACCAAGAUUUCCGCCACUGUCUAAAUCACGUUAAUAUUAAUAUUAAAUAAUCUUAUAAAUAACUGACAAGUGACAAUACGCAUAACAAAACAUGACAUACAACAAAACAUAACAUCCAUGCAACUAGCAACAUCUUAAAACACCGUCCAGGGUCCUCGCCCUUCUACAUUUAACACAUAUGGACUUCCAUGUACGUGGAUCGUCACAAAUGUAUAUUUUGGAUAGCGCGUGUUCGUAAUAUGUCUUAAGUAGUUUGAUUUAAAGGUAUUCAGAUCAAUAUCUUUGUGACGAAGAUCACAGACCAGAAUGUUCCAUGUUUUACAUCUUUAUUCUUAUAAAGAUCAGGUUUUUAGCUGUCAAAUCAACACCUCUUUCAAUUGACCAUUUCUGAAUUAAGCUCAAAUUGUCAAGAACAAUAACACCAAGUCAAGCCUAAAGGCGGUUUUCGUGACUAGGCGAAAUUUUUCGAUCGAAUGGAAAUUUCUAUUGUUCAAAUUCAAAAGAUUUCUGUUUAGUUCCAUCUGAGUGCUUGUUAAAGGCGGUUUUCCACUAGGCGAAAUUUUUCGACCGAAUCGAAAUUUUAUUUUGUCUGACAAUGACUCAGAUGGAACUAAACAGAAAUCUUUUGAAUUUGAACAAUAGAAAUUUCGGUUCGAUCGAAAAAUUUCGCCUAGUGGAAAACCGCCUUUACAAGCACUCAGAUGGAACUAAACAGAAAUCUUUUGAAUUUGAACAAUAGAAAUUUCGGUUCGAUCGAAAAAUUUCGCCUAGUCGAAAACCGCCUUUAUAGUGCUAAUCGUCUAUAGAAACAUUACAAUUUAGCACGAAGCCUCGUUCUCAGGCUAUUGUCUGUGGGUAUUCGACCGUAAUUCGGAAAUGCCUAUUUUUGAAGGUGGGAAAAUGCGAUUUGGACCAUCCACUUUGAAUUGGAUCAUAUAUUUAGCUAUUUUUUAUUGCAAUAUGAGAGAAAAUUAAAAGGUGCCAUUUGACAUCUAGAAGCCUGAACUUUAUUGGCUAACGAAAGAUAACACGCCAAAGUAGGAUCACCCUACACAUACGGGGGGCUAUAUUUCCUUGUUUGGGGAACUUAUUUAGGAGGGAGGCAUAUUUCUAAUUUUUACAGGAUAGGACUAGACAGUAUAAAUCGGACCAUUGUUUUCACCUUGCUAAAACCUUAACUUAUCAUCUUUUAACUUAUUUUUCAGGUUGAAUGCCAUACAGUUGCCAUGGAAAUUUCGGUUAGGAGACAAGAAAUAUUAGAUGAUGUUUAGUAAAACUGUCACAUAAUGCGGUUAAAAAGUUAUGAUUAUAGAAAAAGAACAUUUGUGAUUAUUGUAAUGACUGCAUGUGCUCAUUGUCGCACUUGUAUCAUGCUUUUAUAACAUUUAUCGUACUCAUUUUGAAAUAUAUGGAGCGGUUUCUUCCAAUCUGAGUGGCUCUUCAAUUUUAAUAUGGCAAUCUAUACAGCUGAGUUUGAUUUUAACGGUCAAUGACAGCCAAUGAGAUUGUGUGUAUUCGUCACUAUGAACAUGCUGUUUUCAGCAGGCAUCAGGCAUAGUACCAUCGAAACAUUGAACAAAUGGGCGAAAACCUUUCGUAUUCUUUUCGUUUUAAGAAUACAUUUUUUUCACAAUGUGGAAUGUGGUAAAACUAUGGUAGUUGUUAUUAAAAAUAUUUCGAGUGUUUUUCGACAGUUUUAAGGUAUAGCAAAGUUUAGUUUGAUUUAGUUACCAACCUUAGGAAUAACUAUUCAACAAUUAAUCACCGAAGGCGAGCUGCGAAGCAGCGAAGUGAAUAUAGUCUUGUGAUCACCGAGCCUGAGGUGACUAAUAUAUUGUUUUAGUAAACGUGAAAUUGCUGUGAAACAAAGUCGAUACUCCAAAGCUGUCUGCGUUACGUUGCAAAUAUAAUUUACUUGAACUCUUCCGCUUCUGAGUCAAACGAGUCCAGCUGUCGGAAUUUUGUCGCCUGAUUCUGUUAUUUUCCCGUUUUAAAUUGCCAAAUAAAAUUGUUUUAGGCAUGUAAAAGGUGCUUUUGUCUUUCGGAAAUAGAUUAUUGAAUAUUGUUGCUUCUUUUGCUUUUAGCUAGAGGAAUAGUAUGCGCUUUUUAAAGCACAUACUUUACAUUAAAAUUAAAGAAAUUAAAAUUUCUUCAAUUUUCUCUUCGAUGAUCUGCAGAGGAUGAUUUGUUUGCAAGUGGAUUUUCGGCAGCCAUUUUUUUUAAAGCAAUAGUUAUACUGCUCAUGCAGAGCCGUCUGAACGGUAACUAUUACCUCAGAGUUACUGCCUCAGAGUUACUGCUCAAAGGGAGCCAAUCAGAACGCUGAAAGCCAUUUUUGACUCCGACGGAUGUCGCGAAGCGACAUCUGUGAGUCUUUGUGGUUACUCGAGUGUGCAUGGGGAGAGUGUGAGGCAGUUAAACAAUGGGAAAUGACCUGUCUGCUUUGCGCGCACUGUUUGCCUGCGAAUCGGGCCUUCAGAACCGGAAAUCGGGCGGGAGCACACAUUCGUUCUUUCGAUUUCGCAAAAGAAGCACGACAAAUGGGUGAAAUGGCAAAAUUCGCACGGUGCCUGAUUUGCAAAAACAACUGCAAACUGAUCAUUUCAUUUUCAUUUGAUAUUAUCCUUUGAUUCAACACUGAUUUUAUACUAAAACGUAUUAGUAUGCAGUCUAUGCGUGACUAUUAGUAUGCACUAUGCAGUCUAUGAGUGACGCGACCUCGUACACAGGGCCUUUGCGCGGUUCAGAGGCUGCAAAGGCCCUGGGUACGAGGUUGUGAGUGACGUCGCCGGUAGAAGGCAACCGGAACUGAAAUGAAGUAUUAGAGAGGUUAAGAUACACCGGUUUCGGUGUACGGGUACGGGUAGCAUGAUUUUGGUUAGCAAUAUUUUCGUCGAUGUCUGUACCUUUACUCGUAAUUAAGGUGCACAUUUUUCCCAUUAUAUCAUUGUCUUGUUGCAAGAAAACAGAAAAAGUAUGAUUGAAUUACAGACAUCAGUAAAAACUAGUAAACAAGAUGACACUACUCGUACCCGUACACCGAAACCGGGGUAUCUUAAAGUCACUAAUAUCUAAACAUUUUCGCAAUAUUUAACAGUAUUAUUAAAAGUUUGAAUAUUUUAUAGUCAAAUAUUUAACACACCUAGCUAUUGGGCUGCCUACAGUAUAUGCUCCGACCGGCUACGGACAUAUUGUGCUCAAAAUAUAAUAGUGUCAAAAGUUUAGAAACAAUGUUUUCCAAUUUACAAGAAGAAUACAAUAUCUAAGAGAGAAGAAAAAAUAAACAAUUAAUAGUUUAAAAAUAAACAAUUAAUAUAAAAAUAUUGUUGAAAUAAUUUACAUAAUUACAUUUUAAAAAGAGUUUUCAUUCAUUAAAUAUAAUUGAAGCAAGUGUUAACACAUUUGCACUCUGUAAUCUGUAUGGGGAAGAAAAGCUAAGAAAGAAAGAAAUUUAAAAGUAAACGUGUGUGUUGUGCUAAAUCCCAUCGCAGUCAAUCUAGCAUGUUGCAAAAUAACGACUUGAUAAUUUAGUGUGGUUAUGUUACCAGGAAGUUUCAUUGUAGUGGUAGUAUGUUGCACUGGUAAAAAUCCUUUAUUUACAGUUUAAAAAACUUAAAAUAUAAAUCAAGCUUUCGGAUUAAAAUGGCAUGAAUGAUUAGUCGCUUAAAUACUAUUUACAUGUUAAUGACCUAACUAAAAUAUUAGGUUUUUGAAUAAUUAGACUAGAAGACAAGAGAGUCAUAAUAGAGUCAUAUUAGCGUAUUAUAGAGUCAAAAAAGAGCCAUAAUAAGACACUGGACAAAAGAGUCAUAAUAGCGUAUUAUAGCGUCAACAAAGCAUUAUUUAUUCCUUAUCAAUAAGCGUUGUAAAAACUUCCGGCAAUGUUCUGCCAUUGUCUCUAUUGGCAAUGGCACUCUUCUCAUUUUCCAUAACCAUUUUCUAUGCGACCACCGACUUUCCUUACAGGGGCGGAUCUAGGGGUCGUCAAGUCAGUCGCGCGACUGAAGUAAAAAUUGCCUACUUAAUUAAAAAAAUUCGACUCCAGCUAUCUAUAGCGGCGAGUAGAUCGAGUUAUUAAAAUUUUGAAUCGUAGUCCAGUUAUACGUUUCAUGCUGCGGCAGUGCUUCGGCAAA